AUGAAGGCUUUUCUUUUCCUUCCCUUCAUGUUCUUGGCCAUGUUCUCAGUGUCUUCAACACAGACUUCGAAAACACAUGUUAUUAAACUAGAGGAGGGCCAAGAAGCUGCUGAAAAACCAGAGGAUUAUGACCAACUGGGGGAAUAUAAUCAGGAAGGGAAAAUAAACAAUUUAAAUCAGGCUCUGAGUGCGCAAGGAAGUUCAGGAGAACCUAACCAAAACGCUGGUUCAGAAAUGUCUAGCGAGCACGAAAAACCAGGAUCAUAUCUCCAGCAAAGGAAGCCAGGGUCUUUUGGCAAGCAAGGGGUUUCAGGAUCAUCUAGCCAGCAGGGGAAUCUAGGAUCAUCCAGCCAGCACGGGAAUCUAAGAUCAUCUGGCCAGCAGGGGAAUCUAGGAUCAUCCAGCCAGCACGGGAAUCUAAGAUCAUCUGGCCAGCACGGGAGUCUAGGAUCAUCUAGCCAGCACGGGAAUCUAGGAUUAUCUAGCCAACCAGGAAAACCAGGAUCAUCCAGCCAGCAUGGGAAUCUAGGAUUAUCUAGCCAGCACGGGAAUCUAGGAUUAUCUAGCCAGCACGGGAAUCUAGGAUCAUCUAGCCAACCAGGAAAACCAGGAUCAUCCAGCCAGCACGGGAAUCUAGGAUCAUCUAGCCAACACGGGAAUCUUGGAUCUUCCAGCCAGCAUGGGAAUCUAGGAUUAUCUAGCCAGCAUGGGAAGCCAGAAUCAUCUGGCCAACAAGAAAAUCCGUCUUUUUACACUCAAGACGGAAUAAAAAAUUUAGGUAAAUAA